AUGAAUGCGAAUGACGUUACACCCUUUUGUAUCGACGGCAAAGAACACAUACCGGACAAGACGUUUGAUGUAGUCUCACCAGCGACAGGUGAACUUGUUGGUCGUGCGGGCAGUGCGGCCCUUCAAGAUGUCGAACAGGCUGUCGAUGCGGCCGCAGCUGCCUUUCCCAAAUGGAAAAAGACAGGACCGACUCAGCGACGGGAUCUCUUUCUGAAAGCCGGAGAUGUCAUGGAAAGGCGGAGGGAAGAGCUGAUUCAGUGCUCUGUCGACGAGAUUGGCGGGACUCGUGACUGGGGCGCGUUCAACGUUGAUACUGCGAUCAACAUGCUCAGAGAUGUCGCCGGUCGGGUCACGUCGAUUGAAGGGAGCAUUCCCAUGACCCAGAAUCCCGAAAGAAGCUGCAUGGUUGUGCGCGAGGCCUACGGGGUGGUUCUGUCCAUUGCUGCAUGGAAUGCCGCGUACAUUCUUGGUCUGCGCUCAGUGGUGUACCCUAUCGCUGCAGGUAACACAGUCGUGUUCAAAACCUCAGAGUUCGCACCACGCAGUCACUGGACGAUCGCGUCCAUCCUACAGGAAGCCGGUUUUCCAGACGGCGUGCUCAACACGAUCUGCUGUGAGCCCUCUGCUGCCCCCAAGAUCACCUCGGCCUUGGUCUCGAACCCGCACGUCCGGAAGAUCAACUUUACUGGCAGCACUAAUGUCGGGAGGAUCAUCGGGCGACUGGCGGGCGAGAACCUUAAGCCCGUGGUGCUCGAGCUUGGCGGGAAGGCACCAGCGAUUGUAUGGGAGGACGCCAAUCUGGAAACAGCGGCUUUGCAGUGUGCUUUGGGGUCCUUCUUGAAUUCCGGUCAAAUCUGCAUGAGCACGGAAAGGAUCCUGGUUCACAAGAAUGUCAGCAAACAGUUCCAGGAAAAGCUGAAGGCGUCCAUUGACCAAGUCUUUUCCGCAGAUGGGCCCUCGCCAGUGCUCAUCAACGAGGCCGCGGUGAAAAAGAACAAGACGCUGUUGAGCGACGCAACAUCGAAGGGUGCCAGCAUCAUCUUUGGUGACCCAUCGGCCGACGAAGGUCGCCCAAACUCGAUGAGGCCGGUUGUCCUUGGCAACGUGACCCCGGCCAUGGACAUCUACAAGACCGAGUCGUUCGGUCCUACCGUGUCCAUUAUCGAGAUUGACACAGAAGAACAAGCAGUAGACAUUGCGAACGAUACCGAGUACGGGCUGACAUCUGCUGUCUUCACCGAGGAUCUGAGGCGCGGGCUACGCUUUGCUCGACAAAUUGAGUCUGGCGCUGUUCACAUCAACGCCAUGACGGUACACGACGAGCCCUUCAUCCCCCAUGGAGGAAUGGGUCGCCCUCAGCCUUCGUCUGAGCAGAAGAUUGAAGCUGUCGAGGCGGAGAUGCUCGCCAUGGCCUCCAGCUACAACAGCCUCCAGAAGAACUGCCAGGCAAAGUGCAUCCCCAACGACUUCCGCGAGGCCGAGCUCAACAAGGGCGAGUCCGUGUGCCUGGACCGCUGCGUCUCCAAAUUCCUCGACACCACCCAGAAGGUCAGCGAGAUCAUGCAACAGCAGGGCCAGCAGCAGGGGAUGCAGCAGGGCGGUAGCGGCGGUCUUUUCUAA